CAAUUCUCACAAGAGAGAAGAAACAUUCAUUCUUCACCCGUCUAUCAAUCACAGUUUCUCUCUAGAAAAAAAAUCCACACAUGUGUUGGAUUGAAAGUAUUUUUGCUAGUAUUUGAACAUAGACGGUUGAGUGAGAGCGCUGUUGGAUUGGGUUUCCUCUUUUUUUUUGGUGAGAGAAGAUGAAUGCGGUGGGAAGGCAGAGAUCCGGCGCGGCGGCACACCAUCAGCGUCAGUACUCCGACCAAUUUGUGGAAGCUUCAUCAAACGGAAGAUGGCUGCAAUCAGCUGGCCUGCAGCAUCUACAGUCGUCGAACAACGCGGUUCCUCCAGUUCAGGAUUUUGGAUAUUAUAACGGAGGCGGUCAGGGUUCUAGAAUGUACAGGAGUGUACAGGCACAGAGGACCUACAGUGGAGGUGAUUUGUUUGCGGAGCCGUUGUCGCCUGUGAGGCGGAAGAAUGGCGAGGAGCUGGUUUCUCCAAAUGAGAGUAGCCCGGGGCUGUUGGAUCUGCAUUCCUUUGAUACUGAGCUACUUCCGGAGAUGUCAGUUCCCAGUCUGUAUGAUGCCCCUCCAGUGAACACUUUUUCAAGAGGAAGAAGUUUUGAUGAUUCUGACCCAUACUUCGGGAUCAAUAAACAAACUAGCAAAGCACGUGGCUUGCCUGAUACCAAUGUUCUAAAAAGCAUUGCUGCUGACAAUGUGAAGGCUAGCAACGUUGCAAAGAUCAAAGUGGUGGUAAGGAAAAGACCACUAAAUAAAAAGGAACUGGCAAAGAAUGAUGAAGAUAUCAUAGAAACAUCUUCAAACUCUCUUGUCGUUCAUGAGACAAAACUCAAGGUUGACUUGACAGAAUAUCGGGAGAAACACGAGUUUGUUUUUGAUGCUGUACUAAAUGAAGAAGUCUCAAAUGAUGAGGUAUAUCAUGAAACCGUAGAACCUAUCAUUCCCAUAAUUUUUCAACGCACAAAAGCUACUUGCUUUGCUUAUGGGCAAACAGGAAGUGGCAAAACAUAUACCAUGAAACCACUGCCUCUCAGAGCAGUGAGAGAUAUUUUGAGGCUCAUUCAUCACACCUACAGGAACCAAGGGUUUCAAUUGUUUUUCAGCUUCUUUGAGAUAUAUGGAGGGAAGCUCUUUGAUCUGCUUAGUGAUAGGAAGAAACUUUGUAUGAGAGAGGAUGGGAAGCAGCAAGUUUGUAUUGUGGGCUUGCAAGAGUAUCGAGUAGGGGACGUGGAGAUAGUUAAGGAGCUCAUUGAGAGAGGAAAUGCGACAAGAAGUACUGGAACCACAGGUGCAAAUGAGGAAUCAUCUCGGUCGCAUGCGAUACUUCAGCUUUCUGUUAAGAGGUCUGUGGAUGGAAGUGAAUCUAAACCUGCACGACUUGUUGGUAAGCUCUCCUUCAUAGACCUUGCUGGAAGCGAACGUGGGGCAGAUACUACAGACAAUGACAAGCAAACCAGAUUGGAAGGAGCUGAGAUCAACAAAAGUUUGCUCGCACUCAAGGAAUGUAUUAGAGCACUUGACAGUGACCAAGGACACAUUCCAUUUAGAGGAAGUAAAUUAACUGAAGUUUUACGAGAUUCCUUCAUUGGGAAUUCUCGCACAGUUAUGAUAUCAUGUAUUUCACCAAACUCGGGAUCCUGUGAGCACACCUUGAACACUUUAAGAUAUGCUGAUAGGGUAAAGAGCCUUUCAAGAGGCAACACAAAAAAAGAUGUGAUAUCCUCGACCUCAAACCUGAAAGAAUCAAUUGUGCAACCUUUGUCGUCAGUCCUUCCUCCUGCUACGACUUUUGAAGAUGAUACGGGCGAUUCAUGGCCCGAACAAACUGAUAGGGAAGAUUAUGACGAGGACUUCUAUGAGCAAGAGAAGCCGUCUUGGAAGAAAAACUCAAGAGUUGAAGUACAUAGCCUCCCAAUUCCUGAUGACGAAAUGAAGAUAAACAAUAUCAAACCCAAGUGGAAGGAGCCUCCUAAAUCGGAAAAAAAAUAUUUGAAUUCAGAUGAUGAUUUAGCUUCUUUAUUGAAGGAAGAGGAAGAUCUUGUUCAUGCUCACAGGAAACAGGUGGAGGAGACUAUGGAGAUUGUUAGAGAGGAGAUGAAUCUGUUGGUGGAGACUGAUCAACCUGGCAACCAACUAGACGAUUACAUCUCACGAUUGAACUCAAUCCUAUCUCAGAAGGCUGCUGGCAUCCUCCGGCUACAAAAGCGCUUGGGUCAAUUCCAGAAACACUUGAAGGAUCACAACGUCCUAGUGUCUUCUGGCUACUAGACUCGAAGGUAUGCCAUGAUACUACAUAGACUGCUUGCUUGGGAAAUCGAUACUACUGCCGUCACUCUUGUAGUCAGAAAAUCAUCUCUUAAGACAGAUGUGCUGUUGGUGCCAAAAAGGCCUGUUUGGCACUGUCUUGUAAUGUUUUACAAGCCUCUUAUGAGCCUAGUGCCCGACCGGGGCAGAGAUCUGCCCCGUUUAUAUCCAUUCUCAAUCAUUGAUUUGUUUAAGAGGCUGCAUUGUAAAGAUUUCUGCAACUCCAUUACAAUUCGAUAAUGUCUCGAUAUAAAAAAAAAAGGAGAGAGAGAGCCAGUUCGUAAGGCUUUCUGCA